CUUCUUGUCUCCGCCAUGAAAAUACAGGGUGCCCUUUCAGCUUAUGGAACAGCUACACGGAUCCUUCAGGAGAAAGUGCAGGCCGAUGUCCCGCCAGAGAUCUUGAAUAAUGUGGGUGCCCUGCAUUUUAGGCUUGGAAAUCUCGGGGAGGCAAAGAAAUACUUUUUGGCGUCAUUGGAUCGCGCAAAGGCAGAAGCUGAGCAUGACGAGCACUACUAUAAUGCCAUUUCUGUUACAACAUCAUAUAAUUUAGCCAGGCUGUAUGAGGCGAUGUGUGAAUUCCAUGAAGCAGAAAAACUAUAUAAAAACAUCUUACGGGAACAUCCUAAUUAUGUUGAUUGCUAUCUGCGCCUAGGAGCCAUGGCUAGAGAUAAAGGAAAUUUUUAUGAGGCUUCAGAUUGGUUUAAGGAAGCUCUUCAAAUUAAUCAGGACCAUCCAGAUGCUUGGUCUUUGAUUGGUAAUCUUCAUUUAGCAAAACAAGAAUGGGGUCCAGGACAGAAGAAAUUUGAGAGGAUAUUAAAACAACCAUCUACGCAGAGUGAUACUUACUCUAUGCUGGCGCUUGGCAACGUCUGGCUCCAGACUUUGCAUCAGCCCACCCGGGAUCGAGAAAAGGUAAUUUCUUUUUGUCUCUUCAUUUUUUUUUCCUUUUUGUCUCUUUAAAACAAAACUGACACUUGACUCCUGUUUGAA